UGCUUUUGCUUAAAGGAAGGCGGGCUUACAAGUAAGUGUCGGGGCAAUAAAUAAGAGGGUUUUAUGUCAGAGACAUUAGAAGUCAGUUAACAUAAGUAUAUGUUCAGGCUGAGCUGAGAAGGCUCUUCACACACACCCCACCUCUGGGCAAGCAUUUUAAGUCUGCUGAAAUUGAACUGCUGCUUGCACGAAGAAGAAACCAGACAGUCAUUAGGAAGUUUAGAUAUAAACUCAAGAGUGAAAGAACAUUUUCUUCAAGCUGGCCAGCAAGCCGUGUUUCAAGCAGCAUGAAUCCUCUACUCAGUACCUUGUUAUUUUCCCUGCUACUUCUUCUAACCCUCAGAAUUCAGGAGCUGAUAGAAGCCUGCAGCUGUGCCCCUGCUCAUCCACAGCAGCAAAUCUGUGAUUCUGCUUUAGUGAUUCGAGCAAAAAUUUCCAGUGAAAAAGUGAUUGCAUCAAGUGACGAUCCUCUUCAUACUCACAAAAUGAUCCGGUAUGAAAUCAAACAAAUAAAGAUGUUUAAAGGAUUUGAAAAGUUGAAAGAUGUUCAAUAUGUCUUCACACCUUUUGAUUCAUCUCUUUGUGGAGUGAAAUUAGAAGCCAACAACAAGAAGCAAUAUCUCCUUACAGGGCAAAUUUUAGAUGAUGGCAAAGUUCUUAUCCAUUUGUGUAAUUACAUUGAACCAUGGGAUGACUUGACCUUCUCUCAAAAGAAAAGUCUAAAUCAAAGAUAUCAAAUGGGCUGUGGUUGUAAAAUUUCUACCUGCUACAUGGUCCCCUGUUCCAUCACUACACCAAAUGAAUGCCUGUGGACAGAUUGGCUGAUAGAAAGGAAGCUGUAUGGGCAUCAAGCAAAGCAUUAUGCCUGUAUCAAGCGCAGUGAUGGAACAUGCAGUUGGUAUCGUGGUGGUCCUCCUCCAGAGAAAGAGUUUGUUGACAUCAGUGAACCAUGAAUGAUGUAAUUUCUUUCAAAGCCCCAGAGGUUAAGUCCACCCAACACUGUGCGCUCACUGCUGCUUUGAACUUCCAACAACUGUCUCUUGCUUAGAAACAAAAGCAAAUUGUGCUGUGCAAAUAAAGCAGAGUCUGUAGAAUUGGCAUCCAGACAAGAAGAGAGGUAGCUGCUCUCUAAAGUU